UGUCAUAAACUGCUCUGCCUUCAUAUUCUGAGAAGUAUUGUCAUCUUUGCCUUUCAUUUUUUCUUCUGUUUUUCCCACAUCUAUGCAUAGUGUUGACAAGUAACUAAUCAAAUCACUUGUUUUGGUCAUAUUUGUUUGGCCACAUCUUCUUCUGCACCACAUAUCAAAUCUCAUAUACUGUUCUGAGGUAGGUCACCUGCAAUUUCUUGAUUUUUAUUCCUUCUCUUCUGUUAUUCUCUGUAUGCUGUCUUAAUUCUUGUCUAUUUCAUCCUCUCUUUACCUCAAAUCAGAUAAAGGGCAGUCUUAAAAUUCUCCAUUUUAUAUUCUUUAGCAAGUUUCUUGGAAGAAAAAAAAGAUUUGGUUUUUACCCUUUUCUGAGCUGUUUCUCUCCAUUUUCAAGAAUAUAAAAUUGUUAUCCAUGAGCAGAAUCAGUCCAAUUGUCCUAUGGGCAAUUGUAAUUAUUGCUAUUGUGUUCUUUGUGUUUGGUCUUCUUCAUCUUCUUCGUAGGUGUUGUUUAAAGAUUUCAUCUUUUUCGUCAAUUUCUCAAUCCAAUAGAUUCCCUGAAUCAUCUGGUUCUCAAGUUAUUCAAAGGCAACUUCAACAGCUAUUUCGUCAGCAUGAUUCUGGUUUAGACCAAGCUGUCAUUGAUACUCUGCCUCUGUUUCUCUAUAAAGAUAUUAAAGGCCUAAAGGAGCCAUUUGAUUGUGCUGUUUGUUUAUGUGAAUUUUCAGAACAUGAUAAGCUCAGAUUGCUCCCUUUUUGUAGCCAUGCUUUUCAUAUUCAUUGUAUAGACACAUGGUUACUGUCAAACUCAACUUGUCCUCUAUGUAGAGGCAUUAUUAGUUCCACAGUUUCUAUGGGAAAUCCCUUAUUGGGCUCAAUCGAAUCAAGAGAACAAUGGAGUUUCCAUUUGGAAGAUGGAAUUGCAAAUGAUGAAAAGCCGGACAAUGUUGGAGAAAUGAGAGUAUUUUCUGUUCGAUUAGGUAAAUUGAAGAGUCUAAAUGAAGGGGGCGAAAACCAUGAAGACAAAAGUACUCAAGGGGAAAUCAUCAGCUGUAAUUUAGAUGCAAGGAGAUGUUUCUCCAUGGGUUCAUUUCAAUAUGUUGUUGGUGAUUCGGAGUUACAAAUCGCGUUGCCUAAUGUGAAGAUUCUAAAAGCCAAGUGUGAGAACACUAUUUUUGGGGCUAAUGCAGAAGGAAAAAAGAUCAGUGCUAGGACUAAAGGUGAGAGCUUUUCUGUUUCAAAGAUUUGGCUUUGGUCCAAGAAAGGCAAAUUCUCAAAUUCUUCAGAAAUAAAUAUUGGUGGACCUUCUGUUAAUAUUGAUAUACCAAUGACUAAAACAACACAAUUUGUGUAAACUUGUAUUGAAAAAUUUGUAUUGCUUUUAGCAUAGUUCUGAGAUA